CCCCUUGCUCCUCGUCCUUGGCUGUGUAUCGCAGUUGCCAGUACGAUGUACAGGUAUAUCAGUCUCUUCUUGCUCUGCCAGCCCGGACCACCCGCCAGCUGCCGCCCGUGCCUCCGACUAUGCCCCUGCGCUCCUCACCUGGUAUCCUAGCAUUCUCGCAAAUGCUGCAUCGCAUCUCAUGAGCUUCCCAUGUCACGCGAUCGUCUGGCGGCGCCAUUGAUGGACAGUUACCCCGCCCGGUCUGACGAAACCGUAAUGCACCAACAAUCCAACCCAGGACGCCCUCAAUGGACGGACAGUCAGUGGACAGGGAGCUUCUUUGCUCGGCGAGCUUGUCCUCUGUCUCUGUCCCUCUCUCUCUCUCUCUCUCUGCUUGGGCCCGACCUCCUCCCGAGCCGAGCAAUUCACCGCACACCCUCAUCCAACACCCCCGGAGCAGCGAGUGAGUGUAUCGCAGUACAUCGCCAAGUAUCUCGCACGCCUCAGCAUAGCGGACAGGAACAUGGGAUACAUGGCACCGCGACCCCUCUCUUCGUCUCUCCUCGCCUUUCCUCAGGCCGGCACCGCCAGGUCAGGCGCCCUGCCGCAAUCGACAUCCAUCCACCUCCCUCUUCCCCCCCCCCCCCUCAUUCUCUUCCCUUCUUAAUCCCCUCUCCAUCCCCAUCCUCCCCCAACCAUCCUUCUCACAUCCAGACAUCACCUGUUCAUCACUAGACAACCAAAUACACUUUUGAUCACCUAGAUCACACAAACCAGAACCAACUCGCCCAUCAUGACGGAACCGCUCUCCAAGGUCGACUCUGCUGUCGGAGGUCUCUCGCAGUCCCCUCCCAAGGAGCACAAGACUCGCCGUCAAUCCUCGGCCGCUGCGCCCGGCGUGUACAACGUCAAGGACCUUGAAGAACAAAAGAUUGAGCUGGAGCUCGCACCGGAAACUCAGCGGACUGGAUGGAAGAUCAACACGUCGUCCUCGACAGUGGAGGACAAGGACAUUCUCAAGCUUCCGCUCUCCAAGCCGCCAGUCAAGAAGAUUGACCUGCACUUCCCACUCGGCAUGGAGGUAACGGCACGCAACCUCAAGGGCGUAACAAUAAAGGACGCCUUGGAUGCUAUCCACAAAGCAUACAAGAAGAGGGCGGAUGAUGAGCUCGACAAGCCGUACCUGGCAGGGUUCGAAUGGGACAAGGAAGAGUCCUGGACCCGGCUGGUCGUCCACCUUCAGAAGCAGCCGGCAACAGGGGGCAGCAACUUCAGUGGCGGCGGCGGCAAGAAGAAGAAGAACAAGAAGGCAGAGGGUGAAGAGUAAAAUGCGCUCUCUCGGACCUUGUUCGAAUCUGGACCAAUACUUCCUGAUGAAAAAAACAAACCAUGUUUCUCGCUCUGGCUCGCAAUGGCGACUAAGCGCAAUGGGAUGUUGCGAUAGAUGCAGUUCGGACGGGUGUGCCUCCUCCCUUGGUUCGGAUGGUGUGUGUACUCUGCUCUGGAGCUUGAUGCUUCCAAGUGUAUAGCUAGGCGGGGUUGACGACGUUGGACGGGUGGUUGCAGUGGUAGCAGCUUCGCCCCUGGCUCAAUUGACUCUUUACCCUGUCAUGUCACCGU